GUGCCCGGGCUGCUGAGGAGGAGGAAGAUGGCGCCGUGAAGGGGGGUCCGAGCCGCUGCCGCGUCCUCUUUCUAGCCGAUCCAGAGGACAGUAUGGCUGCCACUGCUGCUGUCAGCCCCAGUGAAUAUUUACAGCCUGCUGCAUCAACAGCUCAGGAUUCUCAGCCAUCUCCAUUAGCCCUUCUUGCAGCCACAUGUAGCAAAAUUGGCCCUCCAGCUGUUGAAGCAGCCGUCGCCUCUCCUGCUCCUCCUCAGCCUACACCUCGGAAACUAGUCCCCAUCAAGCCUGCUCCACUUCCGUUGAGUUCUAGCAAGAACAGCAUUGGAAUCUUGUCAUCGAAAGGAAACCUCUUCCAAAUUCAGGGCUCUCAGCUUGGGACAUCGUAUCCUGGUGGGCAGCUGGUGUUUACCAUCCAGAACCCAGCUGUGAUCAAUAAAGGGGCCCGUUCACCUGCCAACAUCCAAUACCAGGCAGUUCCACAGAUUCAAACAGGGUCGGGGCAGACUAUUCAAGUACAGCAGAACUUAGGCAACCAAAUACAGAUUAUUCCCAGUACCAUCACUUCUUCCUCUUCUUCCUCUUCAUUGUCAUCCUCCUCUUCCUCAGCUCAUAAGCCUGUGCCCAUCAAGCCAGCACCAGCUCACAAAACACCACCAACAGCUAUCCACAACACCAGCAAUGUUGUUAAGUUGACUGGCACAGGUGGUAAUGUCACCCUUACCCUGCCAGUGAGCAACCUUGUAAGUGCUGGAGACACUGGCACUCAGACUCAGAUUGUCCCAGAUAGUCCCUCCAAACCAAGCAAAAAGGCCCGGAAGAAAGCAGUGUCACCAGCCCAGACUUCAGCAAUGGCCGUGACAGAACAAGUGGAAACAGUCUUGAUAGAGACCACAGCUGAAAAUAUUAUCCAGGCAGGGAACAACCUCUUGAUUGUGCAGAGUCCUGGAUCUGGCCAGCCAGCAGUGGUCCAACAGGUGCAAGUGGUCCAACCCAAACAGGAACAGCAGGUUGUUCAGAUUCCCCAGCAAGCUUUGCGUGUUGUCCAGGCAGCUUCAGCAACACUCCCAACAGUUCCCCAGAAGUCCCCACAAAACUUCCAGAUCCAGACAACUGAGCCGAUUCCCACUCAGGUCUAUUUUAAGACGCCUUCUGGUGAGCUACAGACAGUGCUCCUCCAGGAAGCCCCAGGUGUCACUGUGGCCCCUUCCCCUACUGCUUCCUCUGCUGCCUCGUGCAGCAGUCCUGUGCCCCGCAGUUCCCAAACAGGAGGAAGUACCAAAAAGACGGGGGCUCGCAAAGAACGUGCUCUGCCAAAGAUCGCUCCCGCUGGAGGGAUAAUCAGCCUCAACGCAGCUCAGCUCGCAGCUGCUGCUCAAGCGAUGCAGACCAUCAGCAUCAAUGGCGUGCAAGUUCAAGGUGUUCCUGUCACCAUCACUAACACUGGAGGCCAGCAGCAGCUGACAGUGCAAAAUGUCUCUGGCAACAACCUGACCAUCAGUGGCCUGAGCCCCACCCAGAUCCAGCUGCAGAUGGAGCAAGCACUCCUGGGGGACCUGCAGCCUGGGGAGAAGAGACGGCGGAUGGCUUGCACCUGCCCCAAUUGCAAGGAUGGUGAGAAAAGGUUGGGGGAUCAGGGGAAGAAGAGACACAUCUGUCACGUGCCUGAAUGUGGGAAGACCUUCCGUAAGACUUCUCUGCUGCGUGCCCACGUGCGCCUGCACACCGGCGAGCGUCCCUUUGUCUGCAACUGGGUCUUCUGCGGAAAACGAUUCACACGCAGCGAUGAGCUGCAGCGGCACGCCCGGACACAUACAGGUGACAAGCGUUUUGAGUGUGCCCAGUGCCAAAAGCGCUUCAUUAGAAGUGAUCAUUUGACAAAGCACUAUAAAACCCACCUGGUCACCAAGAACUUGUAGGGCUGGAUGCAACUGGGAAAAACAAGGGAGUAGUGUGACUGAUGGUGAACCCUUGCCAUCAGGGAUAGUUUCUGCAGUGGACAGAAAAAUGCCCAAGUAAUGCUCCUGACUGGGAUAUCAGCUUUCCCAGGCACAUCUGUGCAAGGAAAGGAGCAACAGCCACUGUUCCUUCCAUCAGAUGGCCUCCACCUUCUGGCACACUCCUUUAGAACUUCCUGGAAGGUGCAUCAGAUGCUGUGGCUUCAGCCUGGGAUGAAGAAGGAGCAACAUCAGUUCCAAGUGAAUUAGCUAAAAUCAGCACAAAGCAGGGACGAGAUGGGGAGACAGCAAGGCAGAGCUCUUCCAUCCUCCAGCUGGCCUCAGGAGCCUGCAAAGCAAGCGCCCUACUACGCUGCACCAAAGGGCCUCCUUGUGUGUUCGACGGUAGCACCAGCGAAACUAUACCCCACUUGUGAUCUUGGUUCCCUCUUCCCAACCACCCCCAUGUGCUUGUGAAGCUUUUGAAUGGGGGACAGGGAAGCCAUCCAAAAUGGGAUUCUCUGUGUUCCUCCAGCACAUUCCUACUUUAUAUUUAAAAUUAUAAAUAUCUAUAUAUAUAUAUAUAUAUCUAUAUCUAUAUAUUAAAAAACCUCCUUAGGAAGCCCCCGUUUUUUCUACGAAGAAUGUUGCCUUAUAUUUUUCCCCCCCAAGUUCCAAAUUAUGUAUUGUGAGCAGGUUUUUUUAUUUAAUGAUUCCUUUUUUAAAAGCAAAAAAAUCAAACCCUCGCCCUGCCUAAAACUGCGGGCACAGCUCAAGGUCCCUGCACUGCUGCAGAGCUGUGCACCCAGUCAGUGCCAUUUAUGAGUUCUGAACUAGGGAAUGCUCUGAUUGUGCACAGGGAUUUAGGCUGUGCGAGGCAGUAGCACUUUGUUCAAGAGAGUGGAGAAUGUAUGUUUGUGAACGACUGGACCAUAGCCAUGUGCCCUGAUCCAGACGACUGCAGGUGCAGCAGAAAGCUGAGCAUAGACGUGAUGCUUGAGGAACCCUAUGGGUCUCUGCAUUGCUUUGUUUGCUGAGUUUCUGUGCAUCUGGUGAUGCAGCUCCAAGUUUAGAAAUCAAAUGCUUUCAUGAAAUUGGGGUACUUCCAUCCCAGUUAAAGUUGGUUGAUGAUUUGUGCUGAAAUGCAAGAAUUCUUCCAGAAGUGGAGCCCUCUCUCUCCCAAUGGCCAAUCCCCAUUUUUGCUCCAGGAGAGAUUUUCCAUGCAAACAGGUGAUCUUCCUUCUCCCUCCCUCCCUCCUUGAAGAAAUCCCCCAAUCCAGCCCUUCCUGUGUAUUAUAGUGUACAUUGUAUCAUAGACUAUAUAUUGCGUUAUGUGUUUCCUACAUGUUUCAAAAACAUAUGGCUUGUUAUUUUUGAGCUUUUAAAUUAAAAAAAAUCCACUUUA